AUCACUUCGAAUCAUUAAGCCGUGAUGUUUUCAGGCAAGGAAGGUGUACUUCAGCUCGUUUGGUUAUGCUUCUUGAUGCGUGUUGGCGUAAAAGGCAUUGAAACUGGGAAGGUCCACAUUCAGCAAGUGGGAAAUGAUGCUUUUUAUUGCAGAUACGUGUCAUUUAGCAAUCGUUUCUCCAGUGGAACUCCGGUGCGAGUUUUUGCUUCGAUUAAUUACGGAAACGAAUCAUCAGAGGUACACGAUUCCGCUUCUAUUUGGGUUGAAGAUGUCACAACAAGCCGCUUCAAGGUCUGUCUCGUCCAAGGGGGCGGAGGCUCUAUUGUUAACACCACCAUCGAUUGGUUUGCAUUCCAAGGUUCCCAUUCAGGAGUUUAUCACGGAGAGACAAGUUUUAGCCUUUUUACAACUGGGACAAAAUGUAAUCGGGUGGCUUUUCCUCAGGCCUUUUCAGCGGUACCUAAGCUUCACGUCACGGUAAAACAUGGAACCCCAAACCAAAAGCAGGAUGCUAUGAGUGUUUGGAUUGCAAACAUUUCCACAAGUCAGUUUGAAGUUUGUUUACGAGAGUCAAGUACAUUUGAUGGACCUCACAAUAAUAUCAUGGUGAACUGGGUGGCAUAUAAGCAGUACCCAUCUGCAUGGAAAGCUAAAGAGUCAUCGGUCAUUGUCUUUUCUGAAAAUGAGCUACCAACUGCAGAAAGUAGCUACGCUCUGUGCAAGAAUGUCAGCUUCGCCAGUCCAUUUUACUCACCACCUGUGAUUCUCACAACUGUUCUUAAUGGUGGUAGUAACAAUGCUAACUUAGCGUGUCCAGUGAAAGGUCCUUUGAGCAGUUGGCUGGAGGAAGUCACAAACAGCUACUUUAGAGUGUGUAUCAGAGAUAGUGCAGGAUAUGAUGGUCAGAGAACCAAUGUUAUCGUGGAUUACUUGGUUAUUGGAGUCAUUGAUGUUAGUGGUAAAACUCUCAGCCGAGGUACAGAUAGAGGAAUGGCUUACGCCAAAUUUAAGGCUCACAAAUUCUCCUUCCUCAACAUCACCAACAUUGGUUCGGAUUAUGUUCUCAAAGGCAGUGAGUGUGGGCUUGCCUGCGUCAACAUACCGUCAUGUUUCUCCUUUAACCUGGCUACAUUCUCAGAUAUUAACAACGGAAAAAUCUUAUGUGAGUUGCUCCCAUCCGACAUUUACAACAAUUCCAAGAAAUUCGUCGCAAGCCAUAUUUAUCAUCACUAUAGCAUCGCGCUGCUCGGCACGAGGAGAUCCUUUUCUUUUCCUUUUCAGUCUCCAUGCAUUAGUUGGCCCUGUCAGAACAAUGGAACUUGUGCUGCACAUUACGAGAAGAACAGCUAUGUGUGCGUAUGUGCCAAGGGAUACACAGGGAAAUAUUGUGAAACAGGUAGCUGUUGUAGGUAGCAGGUAGUAUUGUGAAACGUUCUAGCGUUUUGUAACGAACAGCGGUAACAGGACUGAGCCCAAUUCGAUUUGCGGUCAUACAAGUGACCCACACUGAACCGAAGAGCGGAGCUUGUUUAACAAUUAACUCUCAAUUACGACCAGUUAUACUGAGGCCAUCCAACUUGUGUGUGCAAUUUGGAAGUUCAAUGAAGAUCUCAAGAU